AUGGCCAAACAUUUCGCUAUCAAUGAACUUUUCUCCCUGAAGGACAAAAUUGUAAUCUGCACAGGUGCUACUGGCGGGAUUGGUCUAGAGAUGUCUAGAUCUCUCGGAGAAGCUGGAGCUGAUAUUGUUUCGAUUCAACUGCCUGAUGAUCCGAAUACAGCAUACCUGUCAGAUCAUUUGAAAAAAAUUGGACGCAAUUUCUGGGUAUUUGAGUGCGACCUUGCAAAUACCUCUUCCAUUCGCGCUACAUUUCAAGCUAUCUGGAACGCCGGUAUCAAACCGUCUGUUCUUCUCAAUUGCGCCGGUGUUAACCGAAGAUGCCCAGUAGUAGAAAUGACCGAUGAGGAUCUUGAUAUGAUCCUGUCUAUCAACCUCAAGGCUACUUACGUAGUAGCCCAAGAGUUUGGCAAAAGAUUGAUUAACUUGGGACUCCCCGGAAAAAUAAUCAACAUCGGAUCAGUUACUUCAUUCCGUGGAAUGUACAAUGUUUCUGCUUAUGCAAGCUCUAAAGGAGGAGUGAUCCAGAUGACCAAAUCUUUUAGCAAUGAGUUUGCUCCUCACGAUAUUCAAGUAAACUGCAUAUGUCCAGGAUACAUUAGUACCCCUCUGACGAAGCAGCUACAAAAUGAUACGGCCUACAACAAUUAUAUCCUAAAAGGGACACCCGCAGGUCGCUGGGGAACCCCUGAAGAUUUGAGGGGAGCCGCCAUUUUCCUGGCUAGUAGCGCAAGCAAUUUUGUUACAGGCUCGAGCUUAGUCGUAGAUGGUGGUAUGCUAGCUACUUGA